AUGAGCUCCCCCUUUCAUAUCUCCGAACAUGUCAUUGACGCACAACACAUUCGUGAGAACUCUCGUGCCACAGCUACCCCCAAUGCUCCUUUGAAGCUUUGCAUCAAAAAGUACACGCCGAUCGAUAAUCUAACUCCCAAGCCUGGUGAUGUGACCUUUGUCGCUUCCCACGGUACUGGACUUCCUAAGGAAGUAUACGAGCCUCUAUGGGAAGAGCUCUUCGCUCGAUCCAAGCAGGAUGGCUUCCGUAUUCGCGCAAUCUGGAUAGCGGACUCGGUUAACCAAGGCGCCAGCGGAAUCCUCAACGAGCAACACCUCGGAAACGAUAGUACUUGGACAGAUCACAGCCGUGAUAUGCUUCACAUGAUCUCCCAUUUCCUCCCUGAGAUGCCCCAGCCAAUAAUGGGCAUAGGUCAUAGCGCCGGUGCAGUGUCGCUUCUAUUCGCCUCCUUCUUCCAUCCAGGGGUUUUCACUUCCCUCCUCCUGAUAGAGCCCUGGAUAACUAACCAACCCAGCGCAGCCAGCGGUGCCCUUGUGCUUAUUAUGGCGGCCGAAAAGCGCGACACCUGGGCUUCACGUGAAGAAGCUGUCAAUAAAUCCCGCAAAUAUCUCGGAGCCUGGGACCCACGUGCCUUCAAGCGCUGGGCGGAGUUUGGAUACCGUGAACUACCCACGGCGAUAUAUCCAUCAGCCCCUGCCGCACCUGGGGCCGUUACUUUAGCCACAACGAAACAUCAAGAGGUCAUGGCAUACACUUAUAUCAAUCCUCGAAAGGAAAUGAUAGUUCAGUUCCCAGGCGAGAAUACAGAAGAGAACAGUAACAACCAGAAGUCAGUGAUCCCCGGGAGACAGGUAUCUCGGCCCGAACCUGUCGUUGCCUUCAAGAUGAUGCCGCAUCUUGCACCGUCGACACUUUUAAUAAGUGGGUCAAAGAGCCCGCUUCAUAAAACUGGAAGACAUGCAGAGGCAGUUAAAAUCGCCGGGACAGGUUUUGGAGGAAAUGGCGGGGUGGCUGCUGCUCGCGUGCGCCAUGUUGUUAUUGACAAGGGGACUCAUACUCUUCCGUUAGAGAAGAUUGAAGAUACUGCAGAGGCCAUGGGAUCAUUUAUUCAGAAAGAUAUUCAGCGAUGGAAACAAGAUGAGGCACAGCUGGCGCAGGAAUGGGGUCCACUUUCUUUGAAAGAGAAGUCGACAAUUACUUCACAGUGGACUAAUAUUGUGAAAAAUCCUCUGAAGGCAAUGCUGUAG